UCCGCCUGAGACGAAGGCUUUUUAUAGCUGUCCUUUUAAAGCAUAAGUUAAAAUCUGUGAACACUUGUGUGGUGUUAGCGGGACCAAAGCGAUGUGAAUAGUAUUAUUGCUGCUUUUGGUAACGAUCAGGUAUGAACAGAAAACGGGCUCUGAUCUCAGACACUUUCAAGGUGAAGAAAAGAAGAAAUGACAUCCACAAGUUUGGAGCAGUCAGUGAUGGAGAUGGACCAACCGACAUCAGAUCCACCUUGGAGUAUCUCAUGACCCUGUUCCCCAGGAAGCUCUUCAACGACACUCUGCCUCAAAUUGUUCUGAAGCACCAACUCUACAGCGUACACAGGGACAAGACUUUAGUGGACAAGGAGCUUAAUAAACUGCGGGAACGAGGAGAACUGCUGAUGUUCCAGCUCGGCUUCGAUGCGGAAGCCUUCGGGCUGGUUUUUGCUGCAGAUUACAAGGCCAAAGUGCUGGCAGGAGAGGACGGCAGAGCGACGCGAGCGACGGUGGAAAAGUUCUUGGAGAAACUGUUGUCUCCUUGCACAGAGCUGAGCUUCAGCAAAGACAAGAUGCUCCGGGAGUUCCUCUUCACAGACUCUGAGAUAACGCAGCUGGUUAAGUCUGGGGUCCUGACUGUGAGGGACGCAGGCAGCUGGUGGCUUUCCAUUCCCAACUCUGGCAAAUUCACCAAGUACUUUAUACAAGGUCGUAAAGCGGUGCUCGGCAUGGUGAAGAAGUCCAAAUAUAGUGAGGUCUUAAAAACAGAGCUAGAGGAGCGGCGGACGACUGCACUCGUGAAAUUCCACAUCAAAUACCACAUCCAUGACAUUGUUGGUGCAGAGCUGGUAGACAGCAUACCUACAACGUCAGGGACAUUGUUGCGAUUCGUUGAGUCCUGAACCACAGCGACAGGACUGAGACAUCGAUGUCUAGUCGAAGCCAACGAGUGACUGAAGAUGAGAAGAUUUACAAAGCUUGUUAAAAGUGAUUGUCUGAGGACUGUAAGUGAAUUAAUUUAAGAUUUCAGAAAUUGAUUCUGUGCCAAAUGCAUUAUAAAAAACCUUGUGGGUUUAUGAAUUGUCAAUUAUGUUGACAUGACCUUGUCAAGAUUUGAUUUAUCUUGUAAUAAAAAUGCUUUGAAAUGG